AUGGGCGACGAGGCGGAGUCCACGCAGUGCAAAUCCAGCUCCGAUUCCGUGAUCAGCGAUGCCAGCGAGGAGCCCAUGGGCACCUUCUUCGAGGCGCCCGAGGGCGAGCAGGCCUCGGAGAGGGAGCGCUGGAUUCUGAGCCUGCCAGUGGUCGGCGAUGCGAAGAUAACUGCGCACGAGCUGGCGCGGGAUGACGUGCGGCAAGCGAUCAUGACCGCUGCUGCCAAGCAGAUGGACGGAUGGAAGAGCCUGUCAGGCACAGGACAUCAUGGAGGCGUCCGAGUCUACCGCGACACCGUAGAAAUUGCUCGCGUCCAGGUCGUGUUGGAUGAGGCAGGCGCUUGCAGCCUGCCCAAUGACCCGGAGCAAGCAAUGGUUUUGACGCCCGCGGUAGAGGCGCAGUAG